UGACUCCCUUCCCCCCCAGUGACAGGUCCCGGCCUGAGAGCGGAACCCGGAGCCGGUGAGGAGAGCCAGGGGCCCCUGGGGGCCCUACGGGAUUACAUAGGAGGAGAAGGGUCCUAAAAGGAUCUCUGGAUGUUCAGCCCUGAGGACGCCGACUAGCAAUGGAUCCUCGGGUUCCCUCCCCCGUCCACCUAUGGAGCCCGCGGCCCUUCGGCACGUUUUCUGCAAGCUGCUCCUCCAGCCCCAAGGGGGCGUCCAGCGACGACGGCAUGUCGGUGAACUCGACGGAGGAGAGGCUGGGGCCCCACGACGCCCCGGAGUGCGCGCGGGGCGGAGAUGACCGCGUCCUGCUGGACACCUGGUACGUCAUCAAGCCUGGGAACACCAAGGAGAAGGUGGCCUUCUUUGUGGCCUACCAGUGUGCCGGCGGCGGCGCCUCGCAGCGCCCCGGGGGCCCGAAGGUGAAGGGAAGGUGGACCGCCGGCGGCAGCUCCAGGGCGAAGAGGCGGCGGCACGCUCUGGACCCGGAAGCCCCGCCCUCCGUGGCCGAGAUGGUGGCGCUGGCGGAAAGCCGCGACGCGGAAGCUUCUCCCCCGAGACCUCCACUGGUCCUGGUGACCUCCUCAGAAGACGGCGAAGAGAGCCGCUGCCGCAGCGUGGCGGAGGCCGUGGCGCAGUACGAAGCGGAGCACGUGGAGCGCGAGGUGCGCAUCGCCUUUCGGGUGGCGGAGAGGCCCGGAGACCCCAUCACCUGUGACCUGUAUCAGUUGCUGAGCCCGGAGCCGCACCGCGUCUGCGUCCUGCUGGAGAAGAUGGAGUCCCAGCAAGUUGGGGGAGGGGAGGAGGAGGAGGAGGAAGCCCAGGGGGCCGUCUCCGAUUCCGGCUUCCACGUGGAUUUGGUGCUCACCGGCGCGGUGGACCGCUGCGUGUUUUACGGAGGAGAAGCCGGGGAGGCGGAGCCGCUUCCAGGAGAACUCUUCUUCCCCCACCUGUCUUCUUCCGUCCCGCCCCCGCCUCCGCCUCCCCCGCCGCCGGCUCCUCCCCUCUGCCGCCUCUACCGCCACGUCUCCCAUGACUUUCUGGAGAUCCGUUUCCAGGUCCAGCGCCUUCUCCAGCCGCGGCUUUACCUCCCGUCCUUGCCCGACCACGUCCUCCUGGCCAUCUUCACCUACUUGUCCACGCAGUCCCUGGCCGCCAUGAAAUGCACGUGCCGGCGCUUCCGGGCGCUGAUCGAGGACUACGGGGUGCGGCCGUGCGACUCGCGCUGGAGUCAGGAUCCCCUCUACCGCGACGACCCCUGCAAACAGUGCAAACGGAUUUACAAGCGCGGAGACGUGUCCAUGUGCCGGUGGCACCCCAAGCCUUACCACCACGACCUGCCCUACGGGCGCUCCUACUGGAUGUGCUGCCGCCGGGCCGACAGGGCCGCGCCCGGGUGUCAGCUGGGACUGCACGAUAAUAACUGGGUGCUGCCGGGGGAGGGGACGCGGGGGAAGGGCCGAGGGCACGGGGAGGGCGAUGAAGGGAGGUGAAUGGGAAGGCUGUUGCUGUGUAUGAAUGUCUAAAUAAAAGGUAUUAUUUAUAAAGUG